UUUUAAUGACAACUUAUUAGUUAUCAGACCCAUUAAAAGAUUCAAAUGAAAUACAAACUACUCUUAACUAAUUUGAUAUUACAAGCUUUAUACUCUUAAGUAAUAGCUUAAAUUUAGAAUAAGUAUAUUAUUCUUAAUAAUUAAGUUUGCUCAUCUUACAAGUUUGAUCGAUAUGACUCAAGACAAAUAUGUAAAAAAAGAUUUGAUUACAUUGUGGCAAAAUUCAAUUAUGUAAAUCAAUACUUCACAAUUGAAAUCUACUAAUUAAGAAUAAAAAUCAACAUUUUAAAUCAUUUAGAAUUAAAGUAUGAUGCAUUCAUAAUUGAGCAAAUCAAUAAAUUAUAAUUUAACUUAAUGUUCUUUCUAAUUAUUAGUCAAGAAAUAAAAUGAAAAAUAAAAGAAGCAACUAGAAAAACAAAAUAAUCAAUAAAAAAGCAAUUAUCCAAAAUAACAUCGAUGUUAAUUUGAUGAUAACAAAAGUCUUAAAUAUACUUCUCCAAAGAGAUACAGAAGUAUUUCAAGCUAAUAUUCUCCUGCAAGACUUUAAAAUUAUUUAAAUCAAAAUGAAUCCAAUUUAAAUGUCAAUAAAAAAUGGUUAUAAUCUUCCAUUCACAAAUAAUCACAUAGCCCAUAGUUAAGAGUAUCAGCCUAAUUAGAUGCCUAAUAAAUUAAAUAAAAUUUUAUGGAUAAAAGUAGAUCAACUGCAUCAAGUUCUUUUGCUAAUAAACAUCUCCUUUUAAGUUCAAAAUUUUCAAAUUUUUGA